UAGCUCUGUUGUCCCCUCUGUUACUAAGCUCUGAUGUUUACUAUGACAAUUUGAUGCUAAAUAAAUUAUUCUAGUGAUACUUGGAAGCUGUUUUUCACAUCCUUCAUUUGUAAAGUAUAAAUUGUAGGAGUUGCGAAUAUCGGUUAUUAGAUUAAACGUAAUGGCGACGACGACGACAUUGACAAUAUUCGCUGUGGUUCUCCUCUCAGCACACUGUGCUGUGCUCGGACAGUAUUGGCAAAACGAAGAUUCACUUACGCGAGUUGUUCGAUCCCCGUGUGAUGAAUGUGAAUAUCAUAGAUUUCAUCAUCAUCCACGUCAUUUUAGGUACCUUGGGCCUCCGGGACCACCUCCAAUAUUCCGCACACAGCAAUGGACAGGGGUAGCGCGUGGUUCAGAUGGAAGCGCCCAAGGUGUAUUCAGUGGAGCAGCUGCUGCUGCCGAGGGCGGUGCUCAAACAGCUGGUCAAGCAUUCUCCCUAGCUUCUUCCUCUGUUGGAUCAGAUGUCGGUGCCGGCUUAGGAUCUAAAUCUGCAGGUUAUGGUGCUAGUGGCAAUUCAGGAGCUGCAGGUCAAGCUAGUGCUGGCGCUAUUAAAAGUGGAUCCAUUGAGAACAGUGGAGAAUCAGGUGCAGGUGCUACUGCAGUAGGAAGUUCUGGGUUCAGUUCAGAUGGAGUCGGGGGAAACGGACAGAAAGAAAAUGCUGCUAGUUUCAAAGAAUCACACUAUUCAUAUCAGAGCAAGCAAUUUGGAGGUCGCAAGCAAUUUGGGGGUUUUAGCUCUCAAUCACAAAGUCAAGAGGGUGGAUUCGGUGGUUCGCAUGGUCAACAGAACGGAUUCAGUGGUUCUCAAGGCCAAGGAAGUGGGUUCAGUGGUUCACAAGGCCAAGAUAGUGGAUUUAGUAGCUCACAAGGUCAAGGAGGUGGAUUUAGUAGCUCACAAAACCAAGGCAGUGGGUACAGUGGAUCACAAAGCCAAGGGAGUGGAUUCAGUGGUUCACAUGGUGAAGGGAAUGGGUUCAGUGGCUCACAAAGCCAAGGGAGUGGGUACAGUGGAUCACAAGGCCAAGGGAGUGGUUCACGUGGUCAAGGGAGUCAAUUCACUGGCUCACAAAACCAAGGUAGUGGGUAUAGUAGAUCACAAGGCCAAGGAAGUGGUUUCAGUGAUUCACGUGGUCAAGGGAGUGGAUUCAGUGGCUCACAAAAUCAAGGGAGUGGAUUUGGUAGCUCUCAAGAGCAGAGUGCUCGCUUUAGUUCUGCAAACUCUCAAGUUAAAAGCUCAUACGGGAACAGUGGUGGAUCUAGUUUUGGUCACAAUGAUGGCGGAUUUUCUGGUGAAGCUCAACAACAGCAAAUUGACGCUGGUUCUCAAAGCGGCGGCUUUUCUCAAGGAGGCGAUGGUUCGAUCAGUGAACAACAUCAAUCGCAAUCAUCGAGCGGUGGACAGUGGCAACAAGGCGGUGGAUAUGGGUCCAGCUCAUAUAGAAAGGCGGGAUCAGCUUUAAGUGGAGCUCUGGAUCUUGCUUCUCAAGGAAUGAAGUCAUAUCAGGGUGCCGGCUGCAGUACCUGCGGAAAGAGCAACUACGCCCUCAGUAACGCUAAGAGUGACAGUGGAUCGGCAGUGGCGAUAUCUGUGGGUGGUUAAUUUCAUAUUUUGAUAAUUUCAUAAUAAAAGUUUUCUUCAAAACCAUACCAAUUUAUAUAUUCAUCCAUUCACAUCUACGGACACUGUUUGGAAUAUAACAUGUAUAUCUAGUGAACUUUAAUUAUUGUUUUCUGUUAUUUAUUGUGCAUAUGUAACAUAAGUAAUAUUGUAUUUAAUAAACGAAUGUAUAUUUGUAUCGUA